GUUUGGAGAUCUCCAGGCUGCAGUUACACACACCUGAAACCAUCAGUCGUUGAUCGACUGUUAACCUAUUUAAAAAACUUACAGGUUUGAAGUAGGAAGGCGCAAUGGCGGAAUCAUUACCAACUUCACUGAAAAGAGGAGAAAGGAGAUGGAGUUUAAAUACUCCUCCAUUCAUGUCAUCCUCCAGUGGUCCACUGACUGAGGAGCUUCAGUGCUCUAUAUGUCUGAACGUGUUCACUGAUCCAGUCAGCACUCCAUGUGGACACAACUUCUGCAAGACCUGUCUUAAUAACUGCUGGGACAACAGCCAGACCUGCAAUUGUCCAUACUGUAAAGAAACGUUUAACCAAAGACCUGAUCUCAAGAUUAAUACCACACUCAGAGAGAUCGUAGAUCACUAUAAAGAGGACAGACAUAUUCUGUGUGACAUUUGUGAGGAAAGAAAGCUGAAAGCCCUGAAGUCGUGUCUGGUGUGUCAGAGCUCUUACUGUGAAACUCACCUGCAGCCUCAUUUGAGAGUGGCAGGUUUAAAGAAACACAAACUGAUGAAGCCUGUAAGUAAUCUGGAAGACUACAUAUGUCAGAAACAUGAGAAACCUCUGGAGCUGUUCUGUAGAGAUGAUCAGAUACGUGUGUGUUCGAUGUGCACUGCGACAGACCACAAGAACCACAACACUGUUCCUCUAGAAGAGUUGAUGAUCCAAGAUGUGCAACAGAUGAUCCAGGACAGAAUCAAGAAGAUUCAAGACAUCAAACAUUCAGCAGAAGUCAGAGAAAGAAACACAGAAAAGGAGAAAGCCACCCAUGUUGAGCUCUUCACUGAUCUCAUCCGCUCCAUUGAGAGAUGUAAGACUGAACUGCUGGAGAUGAUGGAAAAGAAGAAGAAAGCAGUGGAGAAACAGGAGCAAGAGCUCAUUGAAGAGCUGGAGCAGGAGAUCACUGAGCUAAAGAUGAGAAACACUGAGCUGGAGCAGCUCUCACACACUGAAGAUCACCUCCAUAUCCUACAGAUUUACUCAUCCCUGUGCAUCCCUACAAACACCAGGAACUGGCCUGAGAUUAGUAUGAAGACUCAUAGGAGUCUGGAGAAUCUGAGAAAAGCUUUAACUCAAAUCCAGGAAACUCUACAUGAAAAACUCACUCAAACUGAGCUGACGUGGAUGCAGCAGUAUGCAGUGGAUGUGACUCUGGAUCCUGAUACAGCUCAUCCAAACCUUAUUCUGUCUGAUGAUGGAAAACAAGUGAGACAUGGAGAUACUGAGCGGAAACUACUAGACAACCCAAAGAGAUUUAAUACAUGUCCUGCUGUCCUGGGAAAAGAGGGAUUCUCUUCAGGGAGAUUUUAUUUUGAGGUGCAGGUGAAGGAAAAGACUGCCUGGGAUUUAGGAGUGGCCACAGAAUAUAUUAAAAGGAAGGGAGCAAUCACACUUGAUCCGAGUAAUGGAUACUGGGCUGUGUGGCUGAGAAAUAGGAACGAAUAUAAGGCUCACUCUGCUCCUAAAGUUUCUCUGUCUCUGAGAGUGAAGCCGCAGCGGGUCGGUGUGUUUGUGGAUUAUGAGGAGGGUCUGGUCUCCUUUUAUGAUGUGGAGUCCAGCUCUCAUAUCUACUCUUUCACAGGUCAGUCUUUCACAGGGAAACUCUAUCCAUAUUUAAACCCUACCCUAAAUAGAGGAGGUAACAAUUCAGUCCCACUGAUCAUCACGCCUUUCAAUUUCAAUAAAUGAUGUUAUAUUAAAGUUUGGGAGGAGCACAUUCAGAUAAUCAACCAAUUUAGCACGGGUGGAGCAUGUUCAGGUAAUCAUCUUAAUUAACACGAUAGUAAAUAUCUACACAGCCAAUUCACCUCUGCCCCAUGACAGUUUCCUCACUCCUAAUCCUAAUCCUAAUGAAAUACAAGGUGAAAAAUAUAGAUUUUUAAUAGAUUUUAAUUAAAA